CCCCCAGAUAAUGGGCCUCCACCAUUACCAACAUCCUCCCUUCCCGAAGGCUAUUACGAAGAAGCAGUGCCACUUAGUCCUGGAAAGGCUCCCGAGUACAUCACUUCCAAUUAUGACUCAGAUGCUAUGAGCAGCUCUUAUGAAUCCUAUGAUGAAGAGGAGGAGGAUGGAAAGGGGAAGAAAAUGAGACAUCAGUGGCCUUCCGAGGAGGCCUCUAUGGAUCUGGUGAAGGAUGCCAAAAUCUGUGCCUUCCUCCUUAGAAAGAAACGAUUUGGGCAAUGGACCAAACUACUGUGUGUUAUCAAAGAAAACAAACUACUGUGUUACAAAAGUUCCAAGGACCAGCAGCCCCAGAUGGAGCUGCUCCUGAAUGACUGCAGUAUCACGUACAUUCCCAAAGACAGCAAAAAGAAGAAGCAUGAGCUGAAAAUCUCACACCAAGGAGCAGAUGCCCUGGUUCUGGCAGUACAGAGCAAAGAGCAGGCGGAACAGUGGCUAAAGGUUAUAAAAGAUGUGUGCAGCAACUGUACAGGAGCGGUAGACUCCGAUGGGCCGUUGUCUAGUUCUCCAGUUCACAAGACGGAGCUGGAAAAGAAGUUGUCAUCCGAGAGGCCAAGCUCAGAUGGGGAGGGUGCUGUGGAAAAUGGCAUCACUACCGUGUGCAAUGGGAAAGAACAAGUGAAAAGGAAAAAAAGUUCAAAAUCAGAAGCCAAGGGAACUGUGACUAAAGUAACAGGGAAAAAAAUAACGAAGAUCAUUGGUUUAGGAAAGAAAAAGCCAUCAACAGAUGAACAGACCUCAUCAGCUGAAGAAGAUGUUCCAACAUGUGGAUAUCUAAACGUGCUCUCAAAUAACCGUUGGCGUGAGCGCUGGUGCAGAGUGAAAGAUAAUAAACUCAUUUUCCACAAGGACAGGACAGAUCUGAAGACACACAUUGUUUCCAUCCCUCUCCGUGGCUGCGAAGUCAUCCCAGGACUGGAUUCAAAGCAUCCCCUGACCUUCCGCCUGCUCCGAAAUGGGCAGGAGGUCGCUGUGCUUGAGGCAUCCUCCUCUGAAGACAUGGGCAGAUGGAUAGGAAUUCUGCUGGCUGAAACGGGGUCUUCGACAGACCCUGGAGCUCUGCACUAUGACUACAUCGACGUGGAAAUGACGGCAAGCGUCAUCCAGGCUGCCAAACAGACGUUCUGCUUUAUGAACAGGCGAGUUAUAUCUACAAAUCCGUAUCGGGGAAGCACUGCCAAUGGCUACGCCUGUCCGAGUGGAAUGGCACUUCAUUACGAUGAUGUUCCCUGCAUAAAUGGAUCGUGGGAACCAGAAGAUGGCUUUCCUUCUCGUAGCAGGAACAUUGGAGAAGAAAUGCUUUAUGAUAACGCAGGCCUGUACGAUAACUUGCCGUCUCCAAAAAUCUUUGCGCGCUAUCCGCCAGCUGACAGAAAACCCAAUAGGUCAUCUACUGACAAACUCUCCUCUAACCAUUACAAAUACCCUGUCUCAUCCAAUCUGUCUUCUGCUCAGUCUGUCACUAAUACCUCUGCUGUGGGGAGGGGAUCUGGCACGCAGUUUAAAGGCAAGAAGCCUCCUGCGACUGCUAAUGGGAUCACUGGGAAAGGGAGAACUUUAAAUAGCCAGCCGAAGAAAUCUGAAUCUGUGUCAUGUGUGAAGCGCACAGCGUCCAAUGCGGAGCAGUACAAAUACGGCAAGAAUCGUGUGGAGGCAGAUGCAAAGAGGUUACAAAGCAAAGAAGAGGACCUGCUGAAGAGGAAAGAAGCGCUCCGGAAUAGGCUGGCCCAGCUCCGAAAGGAAAGAAAAGAUUUGCGUGCUGCCAUUGAAGUCAAUGCUGGCAGGAAAACCCAAGUGAUUCUUGAAGACAAGUUAAAGAAGUUGGAAGAGGAGUGUAAGCAGAAGGAGGCUGAGCGUGUAAACCUGGAGCUAGAACUGACCGAGGUGAAGGAGAGCCUUAAGAAAGCCUUGGCUGGUGGCAUCACACUGGGCUUGGCUAUUGAGCCCAAGUCAGGAACGUCAAGCCCACAGUCUCCAAUUUUCAAGCACCGAACUUUGGAAAACUCGCCAAUCUCCAGUUGUGAUACCAGUGAUACGGAAUGCUCAAUACCUGUGAACAGUGCAGCAGCUCUGAAGCGACCUCCAUCGUCAAAUAAUUCUCCAUGUCGAGGCCAUGUCCUUCGAAAAGCAAAGGAAUGGGAGAUGAAAAAUGGAACAUAAAUAUAGCAAAACCACUCACUUUCCAUAAAGGCCUUACCUGUUACGGACCAAGACGUAGGCUGCAAAAGACUCAUCUGAAAGGCGGUAUCAAGCGAUACAACAUGAGAGGUUUUUUAAUUCUGUUAAUGGUAGCUUGGCGCUAAUUUGCCUGUAUUCCCUCUACUGUAUUGCUGUGUAACUACGUGUGCCCCUUUUUGUUAGCUGUAACUCUUUAUUUCCACCUCCACUGGUAAAGAAAUUGAAACCCCAAACCAACCAUCGUACGUGAAAAGGAGCAUCAAGUCGCAGUCGAAAGCGUGCUCUGCUGGAACAGUGCAGACCGGCCGCGUUGGUCACCCCGCACCAGAUGGCCUGAACACCGCUGACGUCUGGUGCGUCCCGACGGCUGGGAAAGCAUUAUGGGUGAGAAGUACUCUUACAGGUUAAAACUGACCUUGGGAG